GCGGGCGCAGGAGCGCGAGCGGGAGCAGGGCGUGCCGCGCGCCGGGAAGGGAAGCCGGGGCGAGGCGCGGAGGUGGCGGGAGGAGCGGACCGCGGGGAAAGCUGUCCGAGCAGGGCGCGCGCCCCUCCGCUCCGGAGGCAUCAUGGCCGCUAAGUCAGACGGGAGGCUGAAGAUGAAGAAGGGCAGCGACGUGGCGUUCACCCCGCUGCAGAACUCGGACCACUCGGGCUCGGUGCAGGGGCUGGCGCCGGGCUUGCCGUCGGGGUCCGGAGCCGAGGACGAGGAGGCGGCCGGGGCCGGCUGCUGCCCGGACGGCAGCGGCUGCUCGCGCUGCUGCUGCUGCUGCGCGGGGAGCGGCGGCUCGGGGGCCUCCGGGGGCCCAGGCGGCGGCGCGGGGGGCCCGGGCGGCGGCGGGGCGGGCUCGGCUGCGCUCUGCCUGCGCCUGGGCAGGGAGCAGCGGCGCUACUCGUUCUGGGACUGCCUCUGGAUCCUGGCCGCCGUGGCCGUGUACUUCGCGGACGUGGGCACCGACAUCUGGCUUGCCGUGGACUACUACCUGCGCGGCCAGCGCUGGUGGUUCGGGCUCACGCUGUUCUUCGUGGUGCUCGGCUCUCUCUCGGUGCAAGUGUUCAGUUUCCGCUGGUUCGUGCACGAUUUCAGCACCGAGGACAGCGCCAUGACCGUGGCCACCGCCUCCGGUUACCCGCAGCCUGGAGCUGAUUGCAAGACUGUGGUCAGCGGUGGGUCUGCAGCCGGGGAAGGCGAGGCUCGCCCUGCCACGCCGCAAAGGCAAGCAUCCAACGCCAGUAAGAGCAACAUCGCGGCCACCAGCAACAGCAGCGAGGCCACCCGGGCCGGCAGCAAACACAGGUCUGCGUCCUGCUCCUUCUGCAUCUGGCUCCUGCAGUCACUCAUCCACAUCUUGCAGCUCGGGCAGAUCUGGAGAUAUUUCCACACAAUAUACUUAGGCAUUCGGAGCCGGCAGAGUGGGGAGAAUGACAGAUGGCGGUUUUACUGGAAAAUGGUGUAUGAGUAUGCAGAUGUGAGUAUGCUGCAUUUGCUAGCCACCUUUCUGGAAAGUGCUCCUCAGCUGGUCCUGCAGCUCUGCAUUAUCGUACAGACUCAUAGCUUACAGGCCCUCCAAGGUUUCACAGCGGCAGCCUCCCUAGUCUCCUUGGCUUGGGCCCUGGCCUCUUACCAGAAGGCCCUGCGAGACUCUAGAGAUGACAAGAAGCCCAUCAGCUACAUGGCUGUCAUCAUCCAGUUCUGCUGGCACUUCUUUACCAUCGCCGCCAGAGUCAUCACCUUCGCUCUCUUCGCCUCGGUUUUCCAGCUGUACUUCGGGAUCUUCAUUGUUCUCCACUGGUGCAUCAUGACCUUCUGGAUCGUCCACUGUGAGACAGAAUUCUGUAUCACCAAAUGGGAAGAGAUCGUGUUCGACAUGGUGGUGGGGAUCAUCUACAUCUUCAGUUGGUUCAAUGUCAAGGAAGGCAGGACACGCUGCAGGCUGUUCAUUUACUAUUUUGUGAUCCUUCUGGAAAACACUGCUUUGAGUGCACUCUGGUACCUCUACAAGGCUCCCCAGAUAGCAGACGCCUUUGCCAUUCCGGCACUCUGUGUGGUGUUCAGCAGCUUUCUCACCGGCGUGGUUUUUAUGCUGAUGUAUUAUGCCUUUUUCCAUCCCAAUGGGCCCAGGUUUGGGCAGUCACCGAGUUGUGCUUGUGAGGACCCCGUCACUGCCUUCUCUCUGCCUCCAGAAGUGGCCACAAGCACCCUCCGGUCCAUCUCUAACAACCGAAAUGUCUCGGGUGAGCGUGAUCAGAAGUUUGCAGAGCGCGAUGGGUGUGUGCCUGUCUUUCAGGUGAGGCCCACUGCCCCGUCCACCCCAUCAUCUCGCCCACCACGGAUUGAAGAAUCGGUCAUUAAAAUUGACCUGUUCAGGAAUAGGUACCCAGCUUGGGAGAGACACGUGUUGGACCGAAGCCUACGAAAGGCCAUUUUAGCCUUUGAAUGUUCCCCCUCUCCUCCAAGGCUGCAGUACAAAGACGAUGCCCUUAUUCAGGAGCGGCUGGAAUAUGAAACCACUUUAUAAAACAGAAGGACUUGUGGGAGCCACAGUGUCCAGAAGAGGGGUGACAGCAGGGCCGUGGCAAUAACAACACUUCAUCCUAAGUAGGGCGACGGGCUGUAAUGUUCUUAGUGUGACCAUCAUCAUAAUCGUGGAUUAAUCUUCAUCAGCUGACUGCUUGUUGCUGGGCUCCUUUCAAACCAGCAGCACUGAGAGCCUCUUACUCCACCUGAAGGAGCCAACACCAAUUUCCUAUGACUGUUGCUCCCAAACUCCUCCUGCAGUCUGGGAGCGCAUCCAGCACCACCAGAGGGUACUAUUAUCACAGAAAACAUCUCCAGUCAAUAGGGUGUUCUGAUGGAGUUUACUGAGUUUCACAUAAAGCUAUAUUCAUACAUUCACUGACAUACACACACACUCACACACACACAUGCACACACUCACACUUGUCUCUGUUAAAAUAGCUUAGGUGAUUUUUCUUGACUGAAAGCUCUGAUUCCCACAGGAAUGUAAGAACAAAGAGAUAGAAAAUGUAUCCCUCAAGGCUCCAGGAGAAAAAAAAUAAUACUCCUUAGAAAAGAAUUCAUAAACCAUUUCCUCAUUUGAAAACCGUUACUAUGUGUGAAGAAGUGGACAGUAAACUCAAGUUCGUUUACACAUGUGUUAGCAGUGAUGGAAUGAUUUGUUUUCUACACAUUUCCGGAUUUGUUUUUUUAUUUUCAGCUUUCAGUUGAAAACAUCUUUUGUGACAGAAAUCCUAUGCAGCACAUGUAUGGCUUUCAACAAGACCAAGGAGCUCGAUAACUUUGUGAUAUAAAUGAAACAAUAGUCAUGAUUCAGUAUUCAAUUGCAAAAAGUUAAUAGCUAUACAAAGAGAAGGUUGGGGGAGACAAAAUGACAAUCCAGUUCCCAGAUAUGAGCAGCUCACAUUGGAAUGUAAGGGAGAGAGAUAGGCUGGCUGCAACUGCAGAGUGAGGGGCUCACUCUGUGUAUAUGUGAGCAAAUUGAUUCCGGAAGACGCCAAACCACACCUUUACCGUGCCAAACUCCAUCCAACCAGAGGACUGACGUGGAAGCUCCAACCACUGAGAGUAUGUGGCAUGAGCCCCCCAAAAGCAGACAAGAGGAUAAACAAUCACGCUCUCCACUGUGUACAGACUUACCCAUCCCCAAUCCAAGGUCAGAGUGACUUGUCUUUUAGGCGUUGGGAUACUUUAGUAAGUAUGAGCAUACAAAUGCAGUGAAUAUGCUCUGAGGAAACCCUCUGAACUGCUUGAGGGCUUAUCACUACAUCCAGCUAAGAUUUAUAUUUGAAUCAUCUGUAAAGUCGUACUCUUACAAGCUUCUGGUUUUAAAUACCUCCGUCCAGCAAGUAAACAUUCCCUGCUUUCUGUUCUCAGUGUCCUUGGUCAUGGUGCUUUUUGUUGCAUUAAAAGUGCCGGUCAAACUUUGAUAGUAUUUUUUUAUAGUUGGUGCAGAGUGGAAUAACUCAUGGAUUAUUUCAAUAUUUUUGUAAUAAAAUAUAUAGGGUAUGCAUAUAGGCAUUAUCACUUUUUUUAUAGACCUGGAAUUAUUUAAAAUACUUCAAGCAUUGUAAUUACUUGGGAUGUCAGAAACUGGUCCACAAAUCCAUCAGCCUUCAUUGGCAGAUUGAAAACACUUGUCUCAUGCAAGAACACUCUACUUUGCAAGUUGGUGUCCCCAGGAACCUGGCCAGGGGUGCUAUCAGAAUAUCAAUGAAGAGAGAAGUAGCCUAAAUAGAAAGGGCUUGUCAAGACUGGCCAAUGUUUCCCACAAAAUCAAAGAUGUAAAUGAUUACUUUCAUCGGUCCAUUGUAACAAACCUGACCACAGUGGAAGAUGUCUUAAAUAUCCUUCCUAGGUUUUAUACUAACCCCACUGAUAUACUAAAGAUUAAUGAAGUCACUUGGAAGGAGGGAGGGAGUCAGUUUAACCUAAUCAUUCACUUAUCUGGAUUGUCCAAGUCACUACAAAUAGUUAAGUUCUACAGCUGUCACCUGUAACGUGUGUGUCACCCAGAGACUGCCACCCCUAUGAUGACAUCCACAGAAAAUGACAGAGGGCUUAACCUAGGACUUGUUUUGGUACAAAGCCUCAAAGCAGUUUUUAAAAGAUAAACAAUUUUUAUCAGUAGACAUAUUUCCUAGUACUCCGUAAUUUGAUCCUCCAAGCAAGAUUUUCACUAAGAAAGAUUAAUCAUCGGAUGGAAUGUGGAAAGAUGAUCUGUGUCACUAGUAAAGCUCCAGGAGGACAUGAUUCUUGUCAGCACUUUGUGCAACAGUUCACCCCCACUGUGAAGGAAAAAGUGAUCAUUUUUGACAAAGUCUUCACUUCUGUGCAGAACCAUGAGUUAUUAGCUUCAUUAGUUCCAAGAUAACUUUUAAUCGAUCUUUGGAAAUUGAAUUUCUCAGUUGAACUAAACCUUUGAAACCAUGAAUAAAUAACUGAUUACAGUGUAACAAGGUCAAGCAACACAAAGGCUGCAGGCCCCUUCACUCUUCCACCAUAUAGGUAGACUGCAAAAUAAAUUUCACCAAUCCCUUUGACAUACUGAUGAGAGACUGAGACAAUGAAAGAAAAAGGAAGGAAGGAAGGAAGGAAAAAGGAAGGCCACAGACCUAACAAGUCUCUGCAGUGACAUUAUUUUUAAGUUAUAAGAAACAUCUUGGAGCUUGUCAAGUUGUACUGGAGGUGAUACGCAGUUAAUUAAUUCAACAGACACUUUUAAUCUUGCAAAUUCUUGACUUGUAAUAUUGUAAUCAAGCUACUGCGAGGGAACGUUAAUCAGGUAGUGGAAAGGAGCAGUUGGUUCAGCCUCCUGCCAUGAUGGGCCCAGGCCUGAAAGAAAAGACCUCUGUGAAGGGAGAGCUAAGGAAACAUGUGCUACCUGGCUCCUCAACGCUGACGCUAUGAAUAUGCAUUCAUUUCCUUGUUUCUGCCAGCAAGCACUGCUUUGGGGGAAAAAAAUCAAUGAUCCCUGGGGGCUUAUUUAGCUUAGAGUGAGUGUGAGUUGUAGAGACUUGUUUCUCAUGGAUUCAAAUCCACAUGCUGAAAAUGAAAAAAAAGCCACUGUCAUCUGUUUCAUAAUUGAUCUUUCUAAAUCCAGUUGCUACUUUGACUCCAUUUCACGAGACCACUGUUCCCAGCAUUGUAAUAGCCAAUUUGUGAAGCCUGAAUUAUAAUUCUGUUUCAGAGGUCAAAUCUGAACUGCUCCAGCAACUGAAUAAUUAGAUGCCUACCUUCCUAGGGGGUGAUGUUUCCAGUUCCAAACUCACAUCCACUUCUAUCUGGAAUCUACUGUCCUGUUGCUUCUCAGAUCUGACAAAACCUUGGUUAUGAGUUUAAAGAUAACCAAUCUAAUAUGCAAAUACCUACAUUUUCACUUAGAAGUAAACAGAUGGUCUUGUAAUUAAAAAUCAUGGUUCUUCUCCACUUCUCUUUUCAAAAGAAAGGUAAAAGUAAAAUUGCCACAAGUUAUCGGAUUGUAGAUUCAGAGUGUGCAAAAAAAAGUCAGCCAUCCAUGUGUUCUUGUAAAGUUUUUUGUCUUAUCUGAGAUGUCAGUUUUAGGAGUUUGCCCUAGAUGAAUGAAAGAAAGUCAUCAGAUGUAUUUAACAAGCAGACUAGAAGAAAAUAAAAGAGGAAGAAGGGGGAUCAUUUUUCUCACACUCAAAGAUGUUUCUGUAUCCCAAGCAAUUAUUUUAAUGUUCCAAAGCUAUUAAAUAAUAUUCCCAAUAUCAGAGCUAGUAUCAUGGCAAAGUCAUUUUACUCAACCGACUGUCAGCAUAAGCACUAAUGCUGAGUGAGGAAAAAGUGGCCUACCGCCAUGUGACCUGUUUUCAAUUGUUGGACAAUGAAAAUCAGCAGGUUGAAGGAAAUGUUUAUUUCCUGAACCCCAGAGCUAAGGUAGUUUGCAAAGAUACUCUAUAAUGUACAGUGAGUUGGUUGACUAGGGGUAGAGGGAACAUAGGAGCAAUUAACAGAUUCCUUCAAUAAGACUCCUGGUAAGCGUGACCAUGGCAGUGCUGGGUAACAGUUCCCAUUAAUGCAGAGGCCCCAGUGAAGUGAUCGAAGAGGGAAAUCCUGUAGUUUCUUUUCAGGAAUUGUUGCCUUUUUACACAGCAGAAAUUAGCACUGGUCACUGCCAUUCCAUAAUUGUAGCAAAAGAUAUACCCCUGAUAAAAGGUCGAGGGCAGCAGACACAGUGGCAAGAUGGAGGGAUGUUAGUGGCUUUGCAUCUAAGAUUAUUUCCCUCCUUAAAGAAACCUUCCCUUCUGAUGGCUCCUCACCAUCACUGAUCCUUUACAACAUUGAUCCUUUGCACACCAAGAACUUCUGGUGAACAGUAAGAGGUCUGUUACGUAUCGUUAAGUCACGGGAACCAUUUAAUUAGCCUCUCUAACAGCAAUGAGAUUCAGGGUUACCUCGGCCUUAUUCAUUGUCCCACUGUAAAUACAUCAUGUUAUCACUGGAGCCUCUGGGUCCAAACUCACUCAACCAGUUUUACCAGUAUUGGACUCUUAAACACAGUCUGGAUCUUGAGUCUACCAAUCACCUGGUCUGUGUAUCCAUUUUCAAACUGAAAAAAAUAAUUCUUGUGGGAGUAAUUUUCAAAAUAAUAGGGGUAGGGGGACAGUUAAAACAAUUUUUCAAUAUAGACAAAACCUCGGGACCAGCUCUGAUUUUUCCUCACGACUAAGUUUCUUUUUAUUGGAGGGUCUUCAAAAUUUGUAUUUUCCAGAUGAUUACUGAAUCAUCUUUGCUAAACCAAACUAGACAUUAUGAAAUUAUUAAAAAUAAAGACUGUCCACAUGAAUGUAAAUAUCUCAAUGAAAAGCAAAGAAGUAGGUCACUCAAGUGAUAAAUUUCAUCCUCAUGAUAUCAAAUAUUUGGAUGCUCUGUGGAAAACUCCAGAUGUUUGAAGCAUACGAUUUUCUGUCUGGUUGUCUGAUGUUGUUUAGAUGUGCAAACUGCUCAGGUGUUGUAGGCAACAGAAAUGAACUUCCUUGUGCAGUAAUCAAUUACUGGUGAUUUUUUGCUGCUAAAAAUCUCUUUGUUGUGCAAAGAGAAAUAAAUAAUGCAGAGCAAAUGCUAUCUGAUUUUCAUUUACUUUCAGCAAAUGCAUGAAUGGGAAAAGUUUGGGGGGCUCCGUCCCGGAUCUAGAAAGGCAUUGCUGUCCCUCCAUCAGAGAAGGAAUUCCAGAAGCUCUUUCCAGGCAAGGGGCCUUCUUGUUCAGCCUUUACUCUAUAAUUGUAUCAUUGAUCUUCUGCUGCUCAUAAAUCUGAAUCAUUCACAAAGUUUACUUGACAAAAUAUUUCAAGGCAAAUAACAAAUUUCUUAAUUUUACAUUCAAAUUUAGAGGCUUCAGUCUUAAACAUUCUAUUUUGUAAGUUAAAAAUAAUUUAAACUGCCAGUUUAAAUUUAGUCACUGAUUUCAAAGUGAAUUUUAUGAUGUCAUAAAAGCUAUUUUUCCAAAAUCAAACAAAAUAUGUAAUUUUGGGGGUUUGAUUUGUUGAUGUCACUGCAAUUGCCACGUACUAUCUGGGUUGUAAUAACCUUGGGAUAAUUAUGUUUUCCUUGUAGUCACUAUGAUAAUUUCUAGAAAAACAUAAAAAGUUGGCAUCACAGGGAAAAUCACUGCCCAUCAAGAAAAUCUGAGAUGCUCAUGCCACCUCCUAUACUAGUUAUUAUUCAUUAACGUUUCUACCGUGUAAUGUUAGGAGGUUGCUCCUUUUUCUUCUGAUUUGCUUCUGUGUUGGUUAGAUGUUUGUUUCCUCAAAUCAUGUGCCUACUUCAUUUUCUAACCUGAGGCUUGGCAGAACCACAGACCAGCUCCUCAGACCAAGUUUGUUAAGAGAACUCAUGCAUCAGAACUUGCUAUGAGGCAUAUACACAGUUACACAGAGCACUGAAAGAUACUGAUCUGUGCAAAGAUCUUGAGAAGAUUUCUGAAGAUAACCCAAAAGUUUUGCAGCUUCUUGGGUGCUGCUUUGACUUGUCCAACUGUAUGUCCAGUGCCAAGUCAGAAGGAGCAGGAAAUGAAGCUCUUGUUCGGGCCCCUCCUUUCCUCAGCUGCAGAAGUUUUCCUGAUGUCAAAUGAGAACUCUCCCUGGGCAGCAGAGACCCCAGCCAGGGGGUGUCACCCCCCUGGGCUGGCUCUUCUGCAGCCCACCUUUGGAAACAGGCUGUGGCCAAUAGUCAGGCAUCUGUGAAAUCCUCCAGAGCCAGCACUUCUGUGUACCAACUUAACUCAGUGAUGCUUUUCUUUUUUCCUUGUGAGUUUUACUUCACUCUAUCCUUCAAUAAUCCUUUCACCUUCAUAUUCUGGGCAGGAUAUUUAAUUUCACAGCAAAGAGAUGACAAUCAAUCAUUCACAAAGAGUUGGUAUUUUUAAAUUAUCUUUAUGUGACCAUUGAUAUGAAAACUUUAAUAGAAAAUUAAAACCCCCUAUCUUGAGUAUGACUCCUUUAAAUGUAUUUAAACCUAUCCUAUUAAAGAUAUCAUUUUAUACUGUAAAAUAUAUUCUUUUGGGAUGCAGGGGCAUAAGGAGCUGUGGCCCAGUGAUGGGAACAGAAGAACUAGGAAUCCACACACACCUGCGUCCUAAUCCCUGGUCUUCGGCCUCAGAAACUCACAUCAGCCUCAUUUUUCCCAUGUGGGAAAGAGAGAAAAUAUUUAUUUACCUACCUCACAGGGGUGUUGUGAAGAUUAGUGAGAGUUGGUGAAAUGCCACGAGGUUAGAAAGCAAUGUUAUUCUUCCUAACUAGCAGGGACACAAGGCAGAACUUCGAGCAGCACAGAAGGUAGGGUAGGAAGGGAGGUGUUAGAGUUGUCUGAGAAACACAACAGCAAUAACUAACCAAGCAAGGAACACAAUUAUUCUGCACCACUUAACACAGGCAAAACAUUUCCUUCAAAAGUCUGUACAGAAUUUUUUAAAAAUUGCCAACUUUGUACUAAGAAAAUUAACUCCUUUGAUAGAGACAUUGGAAUUCUUAUAGACCGUUUUCCUUUUACCUAACAGGAUUUUACUAAAUGUUUAUUUAAAUGCAUCCAGAAAACCUGAUUUCUGCUGAUGUCUAAGCAGUCUGCAUGCGUGGUCCCAUGCAUUUUCCCGAGAUUCUGCAUGAUACCCCAGCUCAGAACUAAUAAUGGCAAGUGUGCUCUGAAAUCCAUUCUGGAUAAGAGUGAGUCUUUAACAGAUUUUAUUAAAUUAGAAUUUGAGUCAUCUACAUUGAGUUUUCUUUAUACUUCUGAUAUGAUGAUCUCUCCCUUUAAAACCCAGUAGGAGGAUGUAAAACCUUGUUUCUGUCCAUAAACCCUGAGUUGUUUCAUUCUCACAUUAUAAAUGUAUUUUAAAUAUUUCAGAGAAGUGUUUACACAAGUGCUUCAGCAAUAUAUGGACAUCCACGUGCUUACAUGUGAAUUCUACUGGAGAACAGAGGAAACUGUUGAAAACACCUCAGAGAAUAUCCUGUACAAUUUCCCCAAAGUAACAUAUUUUCUUUUAUUUCAAUGAUUAAACCUGAUCAGAAUGAAUGCUAAUGGCCAUGAUUAUAAAUAUUUGUAAGUUUGGAGUCACAGAGGCAUUAUUGUGAUGUAUGAACGUAAUUAUGAAACUAUACUAACUGCAGAUAAUGCUUUUGUGAUGUGGCUUCCCGAAGUAAAGUUGUUGUAUAUAAGUAUUAUAAUUGUACCUUUGUUUAAUAAUUAUGUCCCUUGGCAAAAAAAAAUUACACUAUUAAUAUGAAAUAGGGCUCUGAAAAUUUACCUUGAGGAAUGGGUUUAAAAUUAUGCCAUACUUGGGGCUAAUGUAACAUCUACAUUCAAUAUAAUCUUUUCCAGUUUCAAAAUUUUAUUCUAAAAUCAAAACCUUAAAAUUUCAAAUUGGCUGACCAUUUCAAAUGCAUAAUGUUAAGAUUUCCAAAGCGUGAUUUUAACCUGGGAAAUUAUCCAAUCCAUUAAAAAAAUCUGUACUGCCACAACAUUAAAAUAAGUAUUAUUUUUGCUAAACUAAAAUUACUAUAUGAAAACAGUAAAUCAAUCAAAAUUAAUUUGAUAUUCCUGGCUACUCCAUUCCUCAAUUUCUACCUUUGCAUCAAUAUUUUUCAAACCAAAAAAUGCAGCAGAGUAUUCUUUUCCCUGUGAAAAGAAAAUCAAUCUGUUUUUAUUUGUUUUUUAUACAAAAAAUAAAGUUAACUCUUUGAACUUGAUUCUGGGGCUUGGAAUAGAAGGUGGCAGCUUUUCAGGUGGGUUCGUCAGGAUGAGAGGAGACAAAGUGAGGAAAGCGUCAUUAAGAGAUUUUACCACAAAAGUAGAAGUGAAACAUGUCAGAGCCAGGCACCUCUUUCAAAUGACAGAGGCUAAAUUCCUCAUAGAACAGCUGAAAAUCAAGUGGAGACGAUGUAUUACUGAGAUAUAGGUUAUACGUCUAAUUACUGAGACGAAGGACAACUCCGCCUCUUAGGUUUCCUCAUCCAUGGAAUGCUCCAGCCCCCUCCCCGGGAAUAAGAUUCUUGCAGAAUAACUGGGCUUUAGCAGGGAAAUACGUAACGAUGCUGUUGUGGACAAGAUGUUUGUAAACAUCACAUAUAUGAUAAUUUGUAAAGCUAGUUGUCAACAUUAUUCUCUACUUUUGGUUAACAUUCUCUUGCUAGACAAAUGAUUUCAAACCCAGAGAGGGAGACAGAGAGAGAGAGACAGAGACAGAGAGUGACAGAAACAGAGAAAUUCUUUGAUCAAAGGAGUGUUUCCUAAUUUAUACAACCAUACUACUGGAAUAUUAUUAUUACAAAAAUUCCUUUCAUAGCUCAGUGGUAGUUCCCAGCCAAAGCCUUUCUUUGAUUAAAGGGACAGGACAAAGGAAGACUCUAGUUAUACUUAGGAAUCUAUGCCUACUAACUAAUUUCUGCUUUUAUUCUGUAGUCAGACAGCUCCGUGGCCCCAAGAAAGAUAUAGUGAUGGAUAUUCAAACAUGUUAUUCCAUCUCAGAAGGAAGAGAAUGACCCAUAAGCCAGAGGCUUUCUCCGUCUCUGAAACCACAUUGAACGUAGGGCCAAGACAAAAAUUGUUUUAAAUUGAGAGCAAAACCAUCGUCCCUACUGAUUCCUUCUUAAUUUUUACUAAUUUCUUUAAUAUUGGAGUUUCUAGUAAUGACAAUGCCAUUUCAUAUGAUGGCUUUAAUGCAGAAAUGGUUCAUCUGAACACAUGUCCUAUCCAGUAGAUUGGAGACAAACACUCUUAGCACUAAUAUAAUGGUUUGACUGAUAACAUCUCACAGAAAGAGAAGUGUUUUUGCUCAGCAUUAAACCAUUGAAUAAUACAAACCUGCUUCCAAAAGGCAAGGAUUUUUGCUACUGACAUUUGUCUUCAUUUUUCAGUUAUUUUAAAUAAAGUAAGUUUUACAUCUAACUACCUCAGCUACUGUUGUUUUAUUUAGAACCAUAAAAUCAUGCACUUUGUAAACAAAGAGUCUUUUCAUUUAAAAUUUUAAAAGGAUACUUGGUGCAACGUAGUUCUGAAAAAUGUGUGUAUGAGAUAAGCAACCCAACCUCAGGAGGGUAUACUUCCGUUUGUUUUGGUUUGGGGUAAAAUCUCCACCAAGAGAGGCUGCUCUAAAUUUGCUUAAUUUGCCUUAAACAUUUUGUGCUCCUUUCUCUGUUUAAUUUUUGUUGUUUUAAUUCUUAUCUGAAAAAAAUGUAACAGGUGGCAGAUGGGCAGCAAACUGAAGAGGACCAUUAAUUUCUCGCCUUCCUAUUGUCAACUGUCUGCAUGACGUUCUGAUUGUGCAAAAUGGCCCUUCCUGCACUUCUCUCUCCAUUGCAGAAAUAAGGUGUGUGUGUUGAGGAUGGUGAAGACAUUUCUCUUCUAGCAGGUGUCACACCUGGACCCAAGUGAAAACCUUGGCGAUUCUUGUGCUUUUCCUAUGUAAACAUUGUACAAAUGUAUUUGGAGUUUUAUUUGCAAUGAAUAAUUAAACAAGUUAUUAAAUUUUUUGCUUCUUGUAAAUAUAUAUAUUCGGAUUUCCUGUAUCCAAACAUCCCUUUAGCGUUGGGAUCGUAAGCGUGUCUUCAUCGGCUGGUGGCUGCUGUCUCCAGGCAGUGACCCCGAGUGCUCUUGUUCAAAGCACAGUGUGUGGAGUAGUGAUGUCCUGCAGUACCAUAGUUCCUUUGGUCUGUUAAGUAAGUUGCAAUUUGUGAUGAAAUGAAGUGGAAAGUAGUUCUUCAUAAUAAAUCAGUUUCCUUGGUUACCUGAUUUUUCUUGUAAAACUUUAAAAAAAAACUUGAAAUUUUAUAUAUUUGGAUUUUGUAGAUUUUUUUUAUUUUAUUGCAACACAAGGUACCAAAAUCAUUAAAUAAAGUACACUGUGGUCAUUUUAACACAA